AGUUCCCCCCACCCUUUUUCCCUACAAAAGCUGUUCCCAUUCUCUUUUAUUAAUUCAUAGGUUUUCCUCUUGACUUUCAACUUUUGUAUUUAACCUCUGUUUAAAAAUCGAGCUCUCAUCUGGCGGACCUUGAUCUUUUCGUAUUUUUCCAAUUGCCACCACAGUCAAAAUGCCGUCCGUUUCAUCUACCACCACUUUCCAGCUCAACACCAAAGCCCAGAUCCCCGCUGUCGGCUUGGGCACGUGGCAAUCGGGUCCCGGCGAGGUGAAGAACGCCGUGUACCAUGCGCUCAAGGUCGGAUACCGUCACAUUGACUGCGCGUAUGUGUAUGGCAACGAGACCGAAGUGGGACAGGGUCUGGAGCAGGCGUUCAAGGAGGGUAUCGUGAAGCGCGAGGACAUCUUCAUCACGACCAAGCUCUGGUGUACAUUCCACCGCAGGCCCGAGGAGAACCUCAACGAGUCGCUCAAGCGCUUGGGAUUGGACUAUGUUGAUCUGUACCUGAUGCACUGGCCUUGUCCGAUGAAUGCUAAUGGAAAUGACCCCAUGUUCCCCAAGCUGCCCGACGGGUCGCGAGACCUGGACAAAUCCUGGUCCCACAUCCAGACAUGGAAGCUGCUCGAGAAGUUGCUGGAGACGGGCAAGACCAAGGCCAUUGGUGUCUCCAACUACAGCGUCAAGUUCCUUGAGGAACUGCUGUCCCAGGUCUCCGUUGUGCCCGCAGCCAACCAGAUCGAGAACCACCCUUACCUCCCUCAGCAGGACGUCCUGGACUACUGCGCCGCAAAGGGCAUUGUUGUGACUGCCUACAGUCCGUUGGGAAGCACGGGCUGCCCGCUCUUCGAGGAGGAAGGUGUCCAUAAGGUUGCUGCCAAGCACAAUGUGUCUCCUGGCACUGUCCUGAUUAGCUACCAAGUCAACCGUGGUGUCGUUGUUAUUCCCAAGUCCGUUACGCCCUCGCGUAUCGAGCAGAAUUACAACAUCAUCUCUCUCGACGACGAGGACUUGGCUGCGCUGGCAAGCAUCUCCAAGACAAAGGGCGUCACGCGGUACAUUAAGCCCUCGUUUGGCGUCAACUUUGGCUGGCCAGACGUGCAGUAAUCGUCGAUUUAUGCUCAAAUUUUCGCUUUCCCCCCUCCCCCAUCCUCUUAUGAAAAGUAGCCGCUGAUGCUUUGGGCGUUGUCGUCCAUUUUUAUUUCUCGGCACAGCUCUUCUAUCAUACCUUGCGCAUUUUACUCGCUGGCACCCUUUUGAUCAUAUCUGUGGGUACUGCACGGAGUGGACUAGACGGCUCAUUGCGCAAUCUGUGCAAUUUGCCUAUUGCUAUUGCCUCUUGCCUAUUCCUGUUGCCUAUUGCCCGUUACCUGUUGGUUGUUGCCCGGGUUUGUCCGUAGUAGGACCCUUCGUCUCGCAGAGAAGUUAAAAAAAGUGCUAGACUCAUAUAGAAUAGACUACACUGUAUGCAAAAGGAUAUCCAAAGCACGAUUUAUUUCAAUCAGCAAAUUAAAAGGAUGAGAUG